AUGAACAAGCAAGUGCCGGAAGUCUUUGCCAGCGUGGAGCAGACGCUAGCAGCUGCGGAGGAGCAUCUGGCCGUGUUUUCAAAGACUUCUGUAGAGGAGUUUGUUGCUCCCCUUAGCUAUCUCGAGCGCGCGAAGGUGCAGGUUUCUUUGGCCUACACAAUCAAUGCGCUCCUAUUCGUGUUUCUAAAGACACAGGGAGUGUCUCCUAGCGACAUUCGUCAGACGCACGUCAAGCAAGAGUUGGAGCGUGUGAAAACGUUUAUCAACAAGAUAAAGGACGCGGAAGAGCUGGCAAAGGGGCCAAGAAUGGCGCUGGAUAAGGGCGCUUCAAAGCGUUUUAUCCACAACGCGCUAAGCACGGACCAAGUGUACGUCGACGCCGUGAAGGCAAAGGAGAAUGUUCAGGAUGGCGUCAAAGUGCACGUGCAGACAAUAGGCAACGGGAAUCGGGCGGCUUCUGCGUCAAAGAGCAAGAAGAACAAGCGCCAGCGAAAAAAAUAG